AAACGUGCUGCAUCUGGACAGCAAAUUUGAGCAGCUGAACCAGCGUCUGAGUCAGGAGUCGAUGUCGCUCGUGCUCUCACUGAACAUCGACGCCAGGGUUCUGCAGCAGACCUUCAACCAGGAGAGGAGGAGGGGGGGGACGAGUCACAGACAUCAAGGUCCUGGAGGAGAUGAAGGAGACUCUCUUAUCAGUGAAGAAAGAAACAAAGCAGAUCAUAGACAUGAUGGAGGAGAACAAGAAUGCAGGCAGCCCCCCAAUGUCCCCUGUUGAGGUCAAAGUGGUCCUCCAGAACACACCGGGUCAGAACGAGCCUCCUCCUCCUCCUCCUCCCUACUCCCCCACUCCCAUGGUCCAACCCAUGCAGAUGCAACCAGGUCCCAUGUACCAUACACAGCCAAUACAGAUGUACUCACAGCAGGGUCCCAUGGCCCAGCAACAGGCAAUGCAGAUACAACCGCAGCAGACUCAGGUUGUUAUUUGUUCUGGGGACCUUGGUGAUGUUCCCACCAUGACGACGUGUCGGAACUGUGGAGAGAAGGUCCAAACCAGAGUGGUGUAUCACAGCGGAGCCUUCGCCUGGCUGAUAUGUGGACUCUGCCUUCUGUUUGGGCAUGUGUGUGGAUGCUGUGUCAUCCCAUUCUUUGUGGACAGCUGCAAAGACGCCCAUCACUUCUGCAGUAAACGCAACGUCAACCUGUCCAUCCACAAGAGGAUGUAGCAUUCACACACAUGCAUACACACACACACACACACCAUUUUGUCAAUUUAGUGAAUUUGUUGCUAUAUUUAGCCA